UUUAUGCUUGGGCCAACAUGAACUGCAGUCCUAUUUAUGCUUCCUAUUUAUGGGGUGGCAGAUGCUCGCCAUAGCACCCAGUUUUUAUUGAGAUGGCAUCUCAUAAACUCUUUGUCCAGGCUGGCCUAGAACCACAGUCCUCCUCAUCUCUGCCUUCUGAGUAACUAGGGUUACCGGGGUGAGCCACUGCGUCUGGCUUAGCAGCAAAAUAGCACCCCUCUUUUCUUGAUGUCAUUUCUUACAUAUCGCCUCAUCCCAGUCCUGAGGUGGCCGGGACAUAUGUAUUUGAAAUAUAAAGAAACUAAGUUUCAGUCAUGCCUUCUUCAGCACUUGCAGUAAUGCGUGCAACAGAAACAUCAAGUCUAGAAGUCAUACUCUAGUUAUCACUUUGUUUAAUAUUGAAGAGGGAGCGUGGAGGAUGUUUAAAAGGGAAUAUGCAAAGACACAGUUUUUCAUUAGAAAUAUUGGUAAGACUUGUUUAAAAAGUGACACAAAGCAUUUGCCAGUGUGUGGCGGGCAGAGUAGGCACUUACAUGUAAAUGUUGCUAGAUAGGUUUUCUUACCAGUCACAAGAGUGUAAAGAAAAGCAAUGCAGACAAUUUGAAUUUUAUAUCACUUUCGUAGAAUGUAUUCAGAACAAGGUAGAAUUAAGUUGUUUUCAUUUAUUUUGAAAGGUGCCUGAUUAUUACAAAAUAAUCAAAAAUCCAAUGGACUUGUCAACUAUCAAGAAAAGACUACAAGAAGAUUAUUACAUGUAUACAAAGCCUGAAGAUUUUGUAGCUGAUUUUAGAUUGAUCUUUCAAAACUGUGCUGAAUUCAAUGAGCCUGAUUCAGAAGUAGCCAGUGCUGGUAUAAAACUUGAAAAUUAUUUUGAAGAACUUCUAAAAAAUCUUUAUCCAGAAAAAAAGUUCCCUAAACUAGAAUUCAAGAAUGAAUCAGAAGAUAAUAAAUUUAGUGAUGAUUCAGAUGAUGACUUUGUACAGCCCCGGAAGAAACGCCUCAAAAGCAUUGAGGAACGCCAGCUGCUUAAGUAAGCAGUAUCAUCGGCAUAUGCUUAUCUUUAGAUUUUUUUGUUUUCCAAAAACAGUUGUCAGUAACUUAACAUCAUUGGAAAGAAGAGUUUGUGAGCCGUCUCAUCUGUUUUUGAUGUUUACUGAACUUCACUGAGAAAGAAGAAGGAAGAAAGGAGAUCAGUGGAAGAAAGAAAGGAGGGAAUGAAGAAAAGAUGGCAGAAGAGGAAAUGGAAAACAAGAAAAAGAACAAAUGAAAGAAUGAACAGUGAUAUACAUAGACAUUCUUCACACUUCUUGGAUGUUGAACCACACUCGGGAGCAAUAGCUACUAGAAAAAGGAAGUAGACUUUGUGUGAACUCCCAGUUGGAAAUUCAUGUGAUUUGAGUGUGUGUCAAUCCGGUUUAGAAUGUUAAUGCUGCCACCAUUAAUUAUGGCCCACAAGAUUAGGUUUGCUGUCCUUCAAAGCAGUACUCCCAGAACAUGAGCAGCAAGAUUUCUCUCCCAGGAAUCCAGCUGGCACAACAAAAGGGCAGUAGAUUAGAUGCUAUUAAGAAGGCACCUAAUAGUCUAUCAUGUAAGAUGACAACUAUAUUAAACAAAAUCAGGAAAACGAUGUUUGAUUUUUGGUUUUGUUUUUAUCUUGUCUAUAGAGGUAUUGGGUAUAGCUGGUUUUCAAGGCCAUUUUCAUACAUUUCUAGAUCUAGAUUUUCUUCACCUUCUUCCUGUGAAAGGUAUAAGUGUGCACAUGUUUGGUUUUGCUGUGUCUAUGUGUGGUUUGUUGUUUGCUUUUUAACUGUGCAGGUGACGCUUUUAUAGCAGGCCUCAUUGUUUGCCGUGUGGCUUUUAUAGAACUACCCAAAAUACGAAGUAUAGCAGGGUGUACCG